CACUACAUAGGGCGUAGGGAGUGAUUUGCGAUAAAGCCCAAAUCUUUGUCGAAACUUCAUACGGCAAGGAGAGCAGGAAACGAUAGUAUCGCGGCCGGCUGUGAUGGGUGUAAAAAUCCGAGUGGAAUAUUGUGGCGGAUGAGGCUACGAGCCCCGCUAUCAGGAGCUCAAGCGGGUCGUCAUCGCUGAGUUCCCUGAAGCGGAGGUGUCCGGCUUCGUCGGCAGACAAGGGAGCUUUGAGAUUGAAAUCAAUGGACAAUUGGUUUUCUCAAAGUUAGAAACCGGUGGUUUCCCUUAUGAAGAUGAUGUCAUGGAUGCCAUCCAGAAUGCCCACGAUGGCAAGCCGGUGGGGAAGAUCACCAAGAGCCGGCCGCCUUGUGUGAUACUCUAACCCCUUUUGACCGUGAUUACCACACCAAACUCUUUGUGGCUGCUCAGGGAAUGUUGCCUUCCUGGCUAUUACUUUGCAAGCAAGGCUUCCUUACGAGGCUGAACAUUGCAGGUUAUGGUUAAAACCAUUUAGAGUGAGAUGUGUGUAACGGGUCCUCAGGUGUUUCCUUUACUGUGCUUCUAACGGUGUGCUUUUUGGACUUAAAUGAUUACUGUAGCUGAAAGGUGAAAGGUUGCAGUAUGAAUCUCAUGGUCCAGACACCCCAAACCAGGAGCAGAGGGUCAAGGGAAACAUCAGAGAAGAAGGGGUUCUUACUUUGUCCAAAA